AUGGAUAUUUGGGAUUGUCUUCAACAGAACUUUUCGCAACAAUCUCUUGCUAAUAGGGCUCAACUUAAGUUUCAUCUUUUCUCCAUCACAAAAGGUACCAAGUUGAUCUCUGACUACCUUGCUCAUGCUAAGAAUCUAGCGGAUCAACUGACUGCCAUCAAUGACCCUGUCUCCAAUUCUGAUUUGGUCACUUUUGUUCUUCGUGGUUUGGGUCCCAAAUAUGGGAUGCUUGUUACGGCCAUUCUCUAUUUCCCGCCACUGCCUAGUUUUUCUGAUCUUUGUGCUCGUCUUUUAUCCUUUGAGGCUCAGCAAGAGUUGGCUGUGUAG